AUGCUUGGAGCUUUGGACGCUACAGUACAAGAAAUUGGAAGAGCAAAAGAUCAAAAUUUAUAUUACUCUGGAAAACAUAAAAUGUGUUGUGUCAAAGUUCAAUGUUUUGUCAGUCCCAAAGGAAGAUUACUUCACUUUUCGAAACCAAUCCGUGGAAAAAGACAUGAUUUUAGAUUAUUUAAAAAAACAAAAAAUUUCAUUUCUAUCUUAAAAGCAGAAAAAGAAAGAAUGAAUGCAGAAAUUGAGACAGAGCCAUGCUUAUUAGCAGAUUCAGGAUAUCAAGGUAUUAAUGAUAUAAUACCAUGGGCAAAAAUUCCUUUUAAACGUCAAAGGAAUACAGAAUUAACAGAUGAUCAGAAGGAAUACAACCGAAAACUCUCCAGUAAUCGAAUCAUUGUCGAGAAUUAUUUUUCUCGACUCAAACAAUACUGGAGAGUGAUUGGUGGUAAAUGGCCGUUGAAAAUCAAGGGUGAUCUAACAUUUUAUCAUCACACCUUUGCAAUGUGUGCAGGCCUUACAAAUAAACUUUUGUGCCGACGUCCAUUACGUAGAGGUGCUGAAAGAUGGGAUCUUUUAGAUCUUGAUAGCAUGGAUGAAAAUAGCGAGGCAUAUAACUAUCAAGAAUCAGUUUCUGAAGAUGACAGUGAAAAUUCUUAUUAA